AUGCCCGGGGACGAUAUACCGGUUGAGAAUGCUGAGACGGCGCCGGCCGAGAAAGAACCAGACAAUUCGUCGAAGCUGCGGACGUUGAUGGGCCUGCUGCGCAGGUUCGUUGGCGUGGCGGAUCUUGCGUCCGUCCGAUUCUCGCUUCCGGCACACCUUCUCGAACCCACCCCGAACUUAGAGUACUGGACAUACUUGGAUCGACCGGAGACGUUUAUUGCUAUUGGAGAUUCAAAUGAACCGCUAGAACGCAUGCUCGCCGCAUUGCGGUUCUGGUUCACCAAAGACCUGAAAUAUGUCAAAGGCAAACCCGUCAAACCAUACAAUUCCACACUAGGCGAAUUCUUCCGAUGCAACUGGGAAGUUGACGAGCUCGUCCCACCCGUCCUCCAAGCCGCCGCCCCCUCCCGCGGCUGUAGCAUUGCGAGCACCAACUCGACCCGCAAACCCGAGAAGCCCAUCCGCGUCUCCUUCCUGACCGAGCAGACCUCCCACCAUCCCCCGGUAUCCGCGUUCUACAUCGAGUGUCCCGAAAAGGGGAUCGUGGCGAAUGGAUACGAUCAGAUUAGCGCGAAGUUCACGGGGACGAGCGUGAAGGUGAUGCCGGGGGACCAUAAUUACGGGAUCUUCAUCACGUUGAAGAACCAUGGUGACGAGCAGUAUCAGUUGACGCAUCCGGCGGCGCAUUUGGGAGGGUUGUUACGAGGGACCUUGACCAUCAGCGUCGCGGACACCUGCUAUAUCACCUGCGCGAAGACGAAGAUCAAGACGAUCCUGCAAUACUUGGAAGAAGGCUGGCUGGGGCGGACGCAAAACAAAGUGGAGGGCGUGAUCUUCAAGUACGAUCCGGACAACGACGACAAGACGCGGGUGAAGGACGUGUCCGAGAAAGACGUCCUCGGACGCAUCGAGGGUUCCUGGACCGACAAAGUGUACUUCACCCUCGGCACGCAAUCAUUCGCCAAAUCAUCCGAAAAACACCUCCUCACCGACCUCGCCCCCCUCUUCCCCGCCCCCAAAUCCGUUCCCCCCCUCCCCUCCCAACUCUCCAACGAAUCCCGCCGCUUUUGGUCCUCCGUGACCAGCGCCCUCCUCAACAAGCAGUACGCACUCGCUACGAAACACAAGCACGAGAUCGAAGACCGGCAGCGCGCCAAGGCGGCCGAGCGGAAGGAGUCGGGGAGGGAGUGGACGCCGCGGUUCUUUACGGGGGCGGUGACGCCGGUGGGGAGGCCGGAGUUGACGGGAGAGGGGAAGAGGGCGGUCGAGGGGUUGGUGAGAGGGGAGUGGGGGCUGGAGGAGAGUGAGGAGUUAGGGGCAUGA